CAAGCGGUAGGUCAGGCGUCGCAAAACAGGCGACGGCGGAUGUCCUGCCAGCGUCUCAUCGAUUACCGAAGACGAUAUCGUCGCGACAGUACACAUACCUGCCGGAUUUUAGUCCGGUUUUGUAAGUGCGGGUGUAUUUUUGCUGGUUGACGAUAUUCGUUCUACUUCCCGUCUAUUUAUAAGUGUGACGACCGCGGCGAAAAAAUGUGGAAAUCGAUUCGGUUUUAUCGCAAACACGUGUGACUGAAGGUUUUUCUGCAUAACCAGCUUGGCUGGUCACCGACAAGAUGACGACAGACAUCAGUAUAGUGAGGUGGGAUCCCACCUUACAGCAAGAAAUAGUUGAUGAUUACGAAUAUGAUGGUGGCAAUUCAUCAUCGAGGCUUUUUGAAAGAUCUCGGAUAAAAGCUCUAGCCGAUGAAAGAGAAAGCGUACAAAAGAAGACCUUCCAAAAAUGGGUGAAUUCUCACCUGGUCCGGGUGAAUUCCCGGAUAGGCGAUUUGUAUUGCGACCUGCGCGACGGCAAAAACCUAAUAAAACUCCUAGAAGUAUUAUCCGGCGAGCGUUUGCCCAGACCCACCAAAGGAAAAAUGCGAAUUCACUGCCUGGAAAACGUCGACAAAGCACUUCAGUUCCUUCGCGAACAGCGCGUUCACCUAGAAAACAUGGGCUCCCACGAUAUAGUAGACGGAAAUCCCCGUCUGUCCCUCGGUCUCAUCUGGACGAUAAUCCUCCGCUUCCAAAUCCAAGACAUUACCAUCGAAGAAACGGACAACCAAGAAACGAAAUCGGCCAAAGACGCUCUUCUGUUGUGGUGCCAAAUGAAAACUGCCGGCUACCACAACGUCAACGUGAGGAACUUCACCACAUCGUGGCGCGACGGUCUCGCCUUUAACGCCAUCAUCCACAAGCACCGUCCUGACUUGGUGCAUUUCGAUAAACUAUCAAAAUCUAACGCCAUCCACAACCUGAACAACGCGUUCAACGUAGCCGAGGAUAAGUUGGGGUUGACGAAGCUUCUGGACGCCGAAGAUGUGUUCGUAGACCAACCAGAUGAAAAAUCCAUCAUCACAUACGUAGUUACUUAUUACCAUUACUUCAGCAAGAUGAAGCAGGAGACCGUUCAAGGAAAAAGAAUCGGUAAAGUGGUCGGCAUCGCCAUGGAGAAUGAUAGGAUGAUCAAGGAGUACGAGUCGCUGACUAGCGACUUGCUGGCUUGGAUCGAAAGUACCAUUCAAGCUCUUGGCGACAGGGAGUUCGCCAACAGUCUAGUGGGCGUGCAAGGACAGUUGGGUCAGUUCAACAACUACCGCAUCGUAGAGAAGCCGCCCAAGUUUGUAGAGAAGGGCAACCUGGAGAUCCUGCUCUUCACGUUGCAGUCAAAAAUGAGGGCGAACAACCAACGUCCGUACACGCCGAAAGAGGGUAAGAUGAUAUCGGAUAUCAACAAAGCAUGGGAGCGCUUGGAGAAGGCCGAACACGAGAGAGAACUAGCACUCAGAGAGGAGCUGAUUCGCCAAGAGAAACUCGAACAACUAGCCGCUAGGUUCAACAGAAAGGCUAGCAUGCGAGAGACUUGGUUGAGCGAAAACCAGAGGCUCGUGUCCCAAGACAAUUUCGGACAGGACUUGGCCGCAGUCGAAGCUGCCGCUAAGAAACACGAAGCCAUCGAAACUGACAUAUUCGCAUACGAGGAAAGAGUCCAAGCCGUUGUAUCAGUUGCUCAGGAAUUGGAAACCGAAAAAUACCAUGACAUGGAGAGAAUCAACGCCAGAAAAGACAAUGUACUAAGACUUUGGAAUUACUUACUGGAAUUGCUUAGAGCGCGUAGAAACCGACUAGAUUUAUCAUUACAAUUACAACAAACCUUCCAAGAAAUGCUGCACAUACUCGAUGCCAUGGAGGAAUUGAAAGUUCGUCUCCUUACCGACGACUACGGGAAACACCUCAUGGGAGUCGAAGAUCUCCUGCAGAAACACAACCUCCUCGAAGCUGACAUCAAUAUCUUGGGCGACAGAGUCAAGGGAGUCGCCAGUCAAUCGCAGAGGUUCGUCGACGUGGACAAUGAAGAGAGUUACAGACCGUGCGACCCCGCUCUAGUUCUGGAGAGGGUCCAACAACUGGAAGAAGCUUAUGCUCAGUUGGUGAGGCUGGCCGUGGAGAGGCGGUCGAGGCUGGAAGAGAGCAAGAAGUUGUGGCAGUUCUACUGGGACAUGGCCGACGAAGACAACUGGAUCAAGGAGAAGGAGCAGAUCGUUUCUACUUCCGAUAUCGGGCAUGAUCUGUCCACCGUUAAUUUGCUUUUGAGCAAGCACAAGAUUUUAGAGAACGAAUUAUCUUCUCACGAACCCCAACUGGAGGCAGCUCUCGGCGUAGGGGAAGAGUUAAUCAGUGGCGGCCACUUCGGAGCGGAAAAGAUACAGGAGAGAUUGAACGAGAUACGAGACGCCUGGAAGCAUCUUCUCGACUUGGCAGCCUACCGCAGAAAGCGCCUCGAAGAGGCAGUCAAGUAUCACCAACUUUUCGCUGAUGCUGACGAUAUCGAUAUUUGGAUGUUGGACACACUGAGACUCGUUUCCAGUGAGGAUGUGGGACGGGAUGAAGGAAAUGCCCAAUCCCUUCUGAAGAAACACAAAGACGUUACUGAGGAACUUAAGAACUAUGUCAGCGUCAUCAAUGUUCUCCACCAGCAGGCAGAAGAUCUCGGACCCGAAGUCGCCAAUUCGCCCGAAGUAUCGCAGAGACUGGCUUCUAUAGAUAACCGCUACAAGGAACUCCUGGAAUUGGCUAAACUCAGGAAACAGCGCCUACUUGAUGCUUUAUCGCUGUACAAACUCCUGUCUGAAAGUGACGGUGUCGAGCAAUGGAUCAAUGAGAAAGACCGAAUGCUGCAGACGAUGAUACCCGCGAGGGACAUCGAAGACGUAGAGAUCAUGAAGCACCGUUACGACGGAUUCGAGAAGGAAAUGAAUUCUAACGCUUCCCGCGUAGCCGUAGUGAAUCAAUUAGCGCGACAGUUGUUGCACGUAGAACAUCCUAACUCGGAACAGAUCACUGCCAAGCAGAAUCACCUUAACCAAAAGUGGGCGGAGCUUCGGGAAAAGGCAGAAGCUAAAAAGGAGGAGCUCAACUCUGCUCACGGCGUUCAAACGUUCCACAUUGAGUGUCGCGAGACCACUACAUGGAUCGAAGACAAAAUCCGCAUUCUUCAAACGACUGAUAGCUUGGAGAUGGAUCUUACUGGUAUUAUGACCCUUCAGCGCCGUCUAUCGGGCAUGGAACGCGACUUGGCCGCGAUUCAGGCGAAACUCACCUCACUCCAGAAGGAGGCAGACGCGAUCGAAGCGGAACAUCCGGAAGAAGCCGCCGUUAUAAGAGAACGAAUCAAGCAGAUCCAGAUCAUCUGGGAGCGGUUAACGCAGAUGUUGAAAGAACGCGACUCGAAACUGGAAGAAGCUGGUGACCUCCACAGGUUCCUUCGGGACUUGGAUCACUUCCAGACUUGGCUCACAAAGACUCAAACCGAUAUCGCCUCUGAAGAUACCCCGAGUUCGUUGUCUGAAGCUGAGAAACUUUUGUCGCAGCACCAGGCUAUUCGGGAGGAGAUCGAUAACUACACUGAUGAUUACACCAAGAUGAUGGAGUAUGGAGAAAAGAUUACGGCCGAGCCGAGCACUCAAGACGAUCCUCAAUACAUGUUCUUGCGCGAACGUCUGAAGGCACUCAAGGACGGCUGGGCGGAAAUACACCAGAUGUGGGAGAACAGGCAACAGUUGUUGAGCCAAUCGCUUAGUUUGCAGCUUCUCGACAGGGACGCCAGACAAGCCGAGGUCAUCCUCAACCAACAAGAACACACGCUUGCCAAAGACGAAACUCCAGCCACUCUCGAACAAGCUGAGAAUCUUCUCAAGCGCCACGAAGCGUUCCUCGCCACAAUGGAGGCGAACGACGACAAAAUCAACAGCGUGGUCGAGUUCUCGCGUAGGCUCUCAGACGAAGGGCACUUUGCUUCAGACAAGGUCGCCAAACGGGCAGAUAGCAUCGACGAGCGUCGCCUGGCUAAUAGAGACAAAGCUCAAGCUCUUUUGGAACAACUCCGCGAUCAGCUGGAGCUGCAUCAGUUCCUGAGAGACUGCGACGAGCUGGGCGAAUGGAUACAAGAAAAGCACAUUACCGCUCAGGACGAGACGUACAGAUCUGCCAAAACGGUGCACUCGAAAUGGACAAGGCAUCAAGCUUUCGAGGCAGAGAUCGCCGCAAACAAGGAACGUCUUCACAAUUUGCAGAAAGCGGCCGAAGAACUGGCCAAGGAGAAGCCCGAAUACGCUAGUCACAUUCAACCCAAGAUCGAGGAAAUGAUGGACCAAUUUGACGUUUUGGAACAGACGACCAAGGAAAAAGGUGAACGCCUAUUUGACGCUAACCGCGAAGUACUUAUCCAUCAGACUUGCGACGACAUCGACUCUUGGAUGAACGACCUCGAGAAACAAAUAGAAAGUGACGAUACCGGCUCGGACUUGGCAUCCGUUAACAUUCUCAUGCAGAAACAACAGAUGAUCGAAACCCAGAUGGCUGUCAAAGCUCGCCAAGUGGGCGAACUGGAAAAGCAGACUCAGCAUCUGCAAACUGCGACUCCGGAGAAGGAUAUGCAGGAAAUCAAGGUGAAGAAGACCAGGGUGGAAGAACGAUUCCAGCAACUGAAACAACCCCUUCUGGAAAGGCAGAGGAUAUUGGAGAAGAAGAAGGAAGCUUUACAGUUCAGAAGGGACGUUGAAGAGGAGCUAUUGUGGAUCGCAGAGAAGAUGCCUCAAGCUUUGGCCACCGAAUACGGAAACAGUCUCUUCCAGGUGCAUAUGCUUGAGAAGAAGACACAGUCUUUGCAGACGGAAGUGGAUAAUCAUGAACCUAGGAUUAACACCGUCUGUCACAACGGCCAGAAACUCAUUGAUGAAGGUCACGAAGACGCGACCGAGUUCAGCCGGCUGAUAAAUGAGCUCCAUAAGGCGUGGCAAGAACUGAAAGACGCAAUCGACAGACGACGCGAAAAUCUACUCAGAAACGAACGCGCUCAGCAAUACCUCUUCGACGCUAACGAGGCUGAGAGCUGGAUGAGCGAACAAGAACUCUACAUGAUGGUUGAGGACCGCGGCAAAGACGAAACGUCGGCUAGAAACUGCAUGAAGAAACACGAAAGCCUUGAAGCUGCUGUUGAAGCCUACGCCGAUACGAUAAGGUCUCUGGGAGAAACAGUACGCGCCUUGGCAGCCGAAGGUCACCCCUUAGCAGAACAGGUGGCCGUGAAACAGUCACAGCUAGAUAAGUUGUAUGCCGGCCUCAAGGACUUGGCGGGCGAGAGGAGAGCCAAGCUGGACGAGGCUCUGCAACUGUUCCUGCUCAGUCGCGACGUCGGAGAUUUGGAGCAAUGGAUCGCCGAUCGGGAAGUGGUGGCGUCCUCUCACGAGCUAGGCCAAGACUAUGACCACGUGACACUCCUGUGGGAGCGUUUCAAAGAGUUCGCUCACGAGACGGAGACCGUCGGCAGCGAGCGAGUAGCUGGAGUAAACGACGUAGCUGAUCAAUUAAUAGCUGCAGGACACUCGGACUCGGCCGUCAUAGCGGAAUGGAAGGACGGCCUCAACGAAGCCUGGCAGGAUCUCCUCGAGCUGAUCGAGACGCGCACGCAGAUGCUCGCCGCUUCCAGGGAGCUGCACAAGUUCUUCCACGACUGCAAAGACGUCCUCAGCCGUAUCGUCGAGAAGCAGGUCGCGAUGUCAGACGAGCUAGGCAGAGACGCUGGCUCAGUAAACGCACUACAGCGUAAGCACCUGAACUUCCUGCAGGAUCUGCAGACGCUGCAUUCGCAGGUGCAGCAGAUCCGCGAGGAGUCGGCCAAACUACAGGCCAGUUACGCCGGCGACAGGGCGAAAGAGAUUACAAACCGCGAGCAAGAGGUAGUGGCUGCAUGGGCGUCUCUGCAGCUGGCCUGCGACCAGCGGCAGAGCAAGCUAGCCGACACCGGCGACCUCUUCAAGUUCUUCAUUCUCGUCAGGACCCUGAUGCAGUGGAUGGAUGAAUGGAUAAGGCAGAUGAACACGAGUGAGAAACCGAGAGACGUGAGUGGGGUGGAGCUGCUGAUGAACAAUCACCAGACACUCAAGGCAGAAAUCGAGGCGAGGGAGGACAACUUUACGGCUUGCAUCUCGCUCGGCAAGGAACUGCUGAACAGGAACCACUACGCCAGUUCGGAGAUCAAGGACAAGUUGGUGACUUUGACGAAUCACAGGAACAGCGUGUUGAAGCGGUGGGAAGAGAGGUGGGAGAAUUUACAACUCAUCUUAGAAGUGUACCAGUUUGCACGAGAUGCUGCCGUAGCAGAGGCUUGGCUGAUUGCGCAGGAACCGUAUCUCAUGAGCCAGGAACUGGGACAUACCAUCGACGACGUCGAGAACUUGAUCAAGAAACACGAGGCCUUUGAGAAGUCUGCGGCAGCGCAAGAAGAACGAUUCAGCGCCUUAGAGAGGCUGACUACGUUUGAACUGAGGGAAAUCAAGAGGAAACAAGAAGCCGCCCAAGCCGAAGAACGAGCAAGGCGAGAGAAAGAAGAAGCUGAAAGGUUGGCAGCUCUCGCUGCAGCACAACCGAAGGAGAUCGAACAAAUCACUACAGACAGACCCGAUUCGAGUGCGCAAGCUGUGGAGGAACGACCAGUGCAUGGUGAACGCCAACCCAGACCAAUGACGUUACCGACUCCAACAUCGUCACCUUCUCCAAAAUCACCACGCUCACAAACACUAUCGAGAUCGGAAGAGAAAGUCAAGAGAAAAGAUCGGUCUCGCAGCAAAUCUCCGUUCAGAAGUUUCCGUUGGAAACGAUCUUCGAAAGCUUCCGGAACUCACAGCGAUGACGAAGGUGCAUCGGGACUUACUGCUACAUCAACAGAACCAGGCAGCGUUGGAGACGAAGAAGGUUUCGAAGGCACCCUAGUCCGUAAACACGAAUGGGAGAACACCACAACUAAAUCGACGAACAGAUCAUGGGAUAAGGUGUACUGCGUCCUGAAGGGCUCUCAGCUUUCCUUCUACAAGGACAACAAAACGGCUAAAUCGACGCCGGACCAGCGGUUCAAAGGUGAAGCUCCUCUCACGUUGCUGAAGGCCGUAGCAAAUGUGGCUCAGGAUUACAAAAAGAAGAAGCACGUAUUUAGACUGAAAUUGGAGAGUGGCGGUGAAUUCUUAUUCCAGGCACAUGACGACUCCGAAAUGAACACUUGGAUUUCCAACAUAAAUUCUCACGCAGACGUCGAAUCUUCGGGCCCCUCUCGCUCGCAUACUUUGCCCGCGUCCGCGCAGAAGGAGGAUUCCAAACGUCGCAGCUUUUUUACUCUUAAGAAAACAUAAUCUGUUCAACUGUUGGUCAUACCUUAUCUUUACGCUUUACCCGAGAGGACUUCAGUCCAAACUUCGCCCUUCUGUUCUUUUAUAUUAGCCUAAUUAAUAUAUUUUCUUCGUAGUUUGCACAUUAUAAUUAUUAUAGUAAAUUUAAAUGUAUAGUAAUAUAUUAUACCAUGUGAUUGAAAUUUAUCAGCUGGGGCACAAAAUACUCCGUCUGUGAGCCAGUGGUUAUUAUUUAUUAAAUAAUUGAAGUAAA